GCCUGAGCCGGGGUGGACGCCUGCCCAGGGGUGGAACUGUCUCCGCCCUCUCCAGGGCCACUCUAAGAGGCCCGGCUUCUGAUGGCUGGCACCGCGGCUUUGGACAGCAUCCGGGGAGGACGGCUCCAGAUUGAAUAAACAAAGCUCUGUUGCUAUACUCGCUGGAUUGGGAAGGUCUGGAACCAAACCCUCCUUAUCACUGAGAAUGAAAAUGUGGCUUUUGGGUUUGGUGUUCUGUUUGGCCCUUGGGACCCUGCGUUCUGAGACAUCCAGAGAGAAUACACCACCUGUGGAUCCUGAAACAAAUAUGAAUGUGAGUGAAAUGAUCUCCUCCUGGGGGUUUCCUAGUGAGGAACACCUCGUGGAGACAGAAGAUGGAUACAUUCUUUGCCUCCACCGAAUUCCUCACGGGAGGAAGGACCAUUCUGACAAAGGUCCCAAGCCAGUGGUGUUCCUGCAGCAUGGCUUCUUGGCAGAUUCAAGUAACUGGGUCACAAACCUGCCCAAUAGCAGCCUGGGCUUCAUUCUGGCAGACGCUGGUUUUGACGUGUGGAUGGGGAACAGCCGGGGAAACACCUGGUCUCGGAAACACAAGACGCUUUCUGUUCUUCAGGCUGAGUAUUGGGCCUUCAGUUUUCAUGAGAUGGCCAUCUAUGACUUACCAGCUUCCAUUAACUACAUUCUGAACAAAACCAGCCAAAAGCAAGUGUAUUAUGUGGGUCAUUCCCAAGGCACCACAAUAGGUUUUAUAGCAUUUACACAGCUCCCAGCACUGGCCAAAAAAAUUAAAAUGUUUUUUGCCCUGGCUCCUGCGGCUACAAUCACCUUCUGUAUUAGCCCUCCACUUCGGCUAACACAAUUGCCAGAAGUUCUCCUUAAGGAUGUACUUGGAGAGAAGGAACUUCUUCCCCAGAAUACAUUGCUGAAGUGGCUGAGUGUUCAGUUUUGCGAUCAUGUUGUCUUAAAGGAGCUUUGUGGAAAUAUGUUUUUCCUCACGUGUGGUUUCAAUGAGAAAAACUUAAAUAUGUCUAGAGUGGCGUUGUACAUGACAUACUCUCCUGCCGGGACUUCUGUGCAGACCUUGUUACAUUGGGGCCAGAUUAUAAAAUCACAAAAGUUUCAAGCCUUUGACUGGGGGAGCGAGGACAAGAACUAUUUUCAUUACAACCAGACUUCCCCUCCUGCUUACAACGUGAGAGACAUGCCUGUGCCGACUGCUGUGUGGAGCGGGGACAAGGACUGGCUCGCGGACGUCAUCGACGUCAAUGCCUUACUGACCCAGAUCCCCAACUUGGUGUACCAUGAGUGCAUUGAAGGGUGGGAACAUCUGGACUUUAUCUGGGGCUUGGAUGCCCCUUGGCGGCUCUAUAAGGAGGUGGUGAACUUCAUGAGGAAGUAUUAGUGAAGGCCAGGUGGACACAUUCACCAUCAUCAAGUCUGUGAUCGAAGCAUGUCCAAAAUGUCUUGGCUCCAUUUUUCUAAAGUCCUUAUUUUCCUUUCCCAGCCCUUUUAUAGUUGUAUAUCCAAGAAAAUUAUGAUGUUGAAGAUAACCUAAGUCUCUCCAGUUAGGGUUAGAAAUGUACUCGCUUUUUUGUUGUUGUUUAAUCAUGACCAAAUAUGCAGCUUGUGUUUCAACCACAGGGUAGUUUCUUUAAGUCUUCUAAAAUAUCACUGACAUGUGAAAGGUCAUGACCAUUCUGCUUGUCCACACAGGGUCAAAUGCACUGUAUUUCUUUUUGUACCCACACACAGCACACACUGACCCCUGUGUUGGAACUUUUAGACUGAGCCAUUCUUUGGUAAAUAACCUGAGACCGCCUUGAGGGAAGCUUGGUGCAUAAGCACCCAGUUCUCAUCACUGGGGCCAGAGAGGCUGUCCAGUGGAACGGCCCUGUGUUUGGGGAUCUAAGGACUCUCUGUCAUAUCGUCAUGAGGUAGGUGCCGAGUCAAAUCCAGUGACACUCCAGCCAUGUCAGUUAUAAAGAUUCUAUAAUGAGUUUUAUCAAGUCUCAUCUGUGAUAGCUGUUAUUUACCAAGAGUUUACAUUGCUCAGAUGAAGCAAAUUAGUUUGCUGCAGUCCUCAAAAACAAAUUCCACUCAUUAAGAAACAACAGCUGAUGUUCAAUACUUGAAGACUGAUACACACAACCAUGUAUGUUCAUGAACCUUGAAUUGUGAGUCAUGCCAUAAAUCCCUGCUUUGAGAAGAAAAGUGUUGUGGAGAGAUGAUGCCAUUGUUUUUCCUGAAAUCAAUGUACUGUCUUUACCAGCUGAUGUAGCUCGGGUGGCCGUGUGUGAAGCGGAAGCCCCGAGGCUGCCCCUGAGGAGUGCCCUAACCCAUUUUCAUUAGAAAGAAAUGUGAACGUGGUAAGAUUAAAGCUCGGGAAUCACUUUGUGUUUUAGUUUUAUAUGUGCACAUAUUUUCACUACCCCUGAUGUGCACCCCUGUGUCCGGAAGCUGCAAUGGUUCUGAUAUGGUUAGGCUGCAAUAAUAAACAAUAAUUGGUAUUCUCUAAUAUGUGGAGACAGCAUAAUAACUGCUUUAUAACAUGUAAACAGCCACAUUUGAACUUUCAAUAAAACUCCAUGAGGCUCAUAAGCUUGAA